GCCGCCCGUGCGCUGCGCGAGAUGGCCAGCGCCAUCCCCGUCGGCCAGCUGCGCCUCGGCGCCGCCGCCGGGCGCCAGGCCAUCGCCCACACCGCCGGCGACGAGAAGCCCAGCGAGGGCUCGGCACUGCUGCCGGCGCCCGCCACCGACGAGCACGCGGCGCCCGUCGCACACGUUGAGCCGACCAAGGUCGCGCGGCCAGGCUUCUUUGCCAAGAUCGCACCCUCGAUCUUCGGCCUCUCGACCUCCUCGCCCGGCGGCAACCUGCUGGCGCUGGCGCAGCACGUGCUGCUGCUGCUCUUCUUCCUCGACGCCUUCUCCUCGCCCUACCUCUUCCCCUCGCACCACGAGCACACGCUGCACUUUGCGCGCGUCGGACAUCUCUCGCCCAGCUCGGCCGUGCUGCAUGUGCGCUACCCCUUCCCGCUGGGCCACGAGGCGACGAGCGACUGGUCCUCGCUGCUGGAGGACGAGUCUGGCGGGCGCAGCACGCUGCGUGCUGGGUCUGAGAUCUACCAGAACCCGGCGCCGCUGCGCAUCGUGUACCGCGAGGCGCUGGCACCGCGUGCCGAGCGCGACAUCGACGGCCGCGCACGCUCGCAGCCGAAGCGCUGGGAGCGCGGGCCGGCCGUGACGCUGACGGAGGCGACGGAUUGGACGGGCACGGCGACGCUCGAAGGCCUUUGGCCCGCCACGGCCUACGAGUGGCGCCUGGCCUUCGUGCACAACUCGACGUUUGCGCCGCACCCGCACCGCCCGCGCAGCUUCGUCACUUGGCCUGACCCCAAGCUGGCGCGCAAGCGUCUUGCUGGUGCGCCGCAGGGUCAGGAGGGGCAGGCUACGCCGCUCGACGACCCGAAUCACUUCACCUUUGCGACGAGCUCAUGCGUCAAGCCUGACUUCCCGUGGCAGCCGACGCAGUUCUGGGCCUGGUCUUGGAUCCUGCGUGCGCUCGGGCACGGCGAGCACGGCGGCUACGCGACGCGCAACCGCAUCCAGGGCUUCGACCAGUUCGCCAACGCGCUCAUCGACGGCCGCGAGCGUCCCGCCGUGCGCUUCUUCCUGCAGCUCGGCGACCUCAUCUACGCCGACGUGCCGCGCUGGGGCGGCGCCGUGACGAAUGCGUACCGCCUGCUCUUCCGCAACCUGUACGCGUCCGAGUCGUUCCGGCGCGUGUACGAGCGGCUGCCUGUCAUCGGCAUCUACGACGACCACGAGGUGAAGAACAACUGGUCGGGCUACGAGCUGCAGGGCGCCGACGAGACGGCAACGAGUGUGGGCCGCAACAAGGCAUUUGAGCCGGCGAACCAGGCGUGGCAGGAGUACGUCGGCAGCGCGAACCCGCCGGCCAUCGAGCAGGGCCGCAACUACUACUCGUUCCGCUACGGCGACACGGCCUUCUUCGUGCUCGACACGCGCGCCCACCGCUCGCCGCCCGAGCUGCCUGACGACGAGCACAAGUCGAUGCUCGGGCAGCAGCAGCGCGAGGUCUUCCUGCGCUGGCUCGGCGCCGUCAACUCGACUGCUACGUUCAAGUUCGUCGUAUCAUCCGUGCCGUUCAACACGCUCUGGGGUGGCCCUCUUGACUUUGACGGUCAAGUUGACUCAUGGAGCGCGUACCGCCACGAGCGCGAGGGCCUGCUUGAGGUGAUGCAGUACGUGCCCAACGUCAUCGUCCUCUCUGGCGACCGCCACGAGCACGCCGCCGUGGGCCUGCGCGCGCAGACGUACGAGCGAUCCGACGUGCACCCGGUGACCGAGUUCAGCACGUCGCCCAUGUCCAUGUUCUACCUGCCCGUGCGGACAUUCAGCGACGAGCACGGCCUGGGCCCCACGGGCGCCGAGCGCGUGUACAGGUACACGCCCGACGGCAACGUCAAGUGGUCGACCUUUGAGGUCGACACGCGCGAGUCGCAGUCGCCCGUCGUCACGUCGCGCCUCUACGUCGACGGCGAGGUCGUGUGGACGCUCAAAGUGCACGGCAAGGGCGUGCAGCCGCCGGCGCUGCAGGUCGGCGGCAUGGCACGCUCGUUCCUCGAGCUUCUCGGCCUGCAGCGGCGAAGAUGGUUCUGAGGCAGACAGACGCGCAGGGAGGGAGGGUAAUAAUCGUGCACAGUAUAAUGAGAGGCACUUGAGAGCAGG